UGUCAACGAAUAAGGGGGUGCAUUCUGUCAAAGCUCACCAGCCGCGAAGGAGGAGAGAACAUCACGACAAAUUUGUCUAACCCUGAGUACUUUUUAAAACUCCAUAUUUUUUUCCAGUCAACAUGCGUGAAAUUGUACACAUUCAAGCUGGGCAGUGCGGCAACCAAAUCGGUGCCAAGUUUUGGGAAGUGAUCUCUGAUGAACAUGGCAUUGACCCCACCGGCACAUACCAUGGAGACUCCGACUUGCAGUUGGAGAGAAUCAACGUGUACUACAAUGAGGCCACAGGUGGCAAAUAUGUACCAAGAGCAGUACUCGUUGACUUGGAGCCAGGCACCAUGGACUCUGUCCGAUCUGGACCAUUUGGACAGAUCUUCAGACCAGACAACUUCGUUUUCGGACAGAGUGGAGCUGGAAACAACUGGGCAAAGGGUCACUACACAGAGGGCGCUGAGCUUGUUGACGCUGUCCUUGAUGUAGUACGCAAGGAGGCAGAGAGCUGCGAUUGCCUACAGGGUUUCCAACUAACACAUUCCCUUGGUGGCGGCACCGGCUCCGGCAUGGGAACACUCCUCAUCAGCAAGAUCCGUGAAGAGUACCCAGACCGCAUCAUGAACACCUUCAGUGUUGUGCCAUCACCCAAAGUAUCUGAUACUGUUGUAGAGCCGUACAAUGCCACUCUCUCUGUCCAUCAGCUUGUAGAAAACACAGAUGAGACAUACUGCAUCGACAAUGAGGCACUGUAUGACAUUUGCUUCCGUACCCUGAAGCUGACCACCCCAACAUACGGUGAUCUCAACCAUCUUGUGUCUGCUACCAUGAGUGGUGUUACCACUUGUCUCAGGUUCCCUGGCCAACUCAAUGCCGAUCUCCGCAAGUUGGCUGUCAACAUGGUCCCCUUUCCUCGUCUUCAUUUCUUCAUGCCUGGCUUUGCUCCUUUGACCAGCAGAGGCAGCCAACAAUACCGUGCCUUGACCGUUCCAGAGCUGACCCAACAGAUGUUCGAUUCCAAGAAUAUGAUGGCCGCCUGCGAUCCUCGUCAUGGUCGCUACCUCACAGUAGCUGCCAUUUUCCGUGGUCGCAUGUCCAUGAAGGAGGUUGAUGAGCAGAUGCUGAAUGUCCAGAACAAGAACAGCAGCUACUUCGUUGAAUGGAUCCCAAACAAUGUGAAGACUGCUGUCUGUGACAUCCCACCACGUGGUCUUAAGAUGUCCGUCACCUUUAUCGGCAACAGCACUGCCAUCCAGGAGCUGUUCAAGCGCAUCUCUGAGCAGUUCACCGCUAUGUUCAGGCGUAAGGCUUUUCUGCAUUGGUACACUGGUGAGGGUAUGGACGAGAUGGAGUUCACUGAGGCUGAGAGCAACAUGAACGACUUGGUGUCUGAGUACCAGCAGUACCAGGAUGCCACCGCUGAGGAGGAGGGAGAGUUCGACGAGGAGGAGGAAGAAGGAGACGCUGAUGCUUAGAAAGUCUUAAUUCUCAAAUGAUGGAAAUAUUAUGGCUUUGGUCACACGAGGCAACUUUUACAGGCAACUUGGAGGCAACCAACUGCAGUGCAUGCAUAUAUACAGGACCACUUUGGUAGCACAUGUUUCACUUCUUUACAAAAUCUUGCGUUUCCAAAGAAUUUUUAGUGAACCUUCAAAAAUGAGAAUGGAUUCUCUUCUUGGAGAUUUCCUGGAACUGGUUGCCUGUAAAUUGCCCCUUGUGACUAUAACGAACAUGUUAAGCAAAUUUUGCCAGAUGUUCACCUUCAAACAUUUGCGUUAAUAAUUGCUCGUCUUGUAUGAUAUUCCUCUUAUGGGGCGUGGCUGCUCCCCUCGCAUCGUAGGGUUUUAAAGUCUGCACUCAAGUUGGAUUGUUAGGCCCGAAUGGACUAAAUAAAGUAUUGAGUGAACUCUUUCAUGGCACAAGACUGGUUUUUAGUUUGCAAAUUCAGAUGGGUUAUUAUAUUAUUUGCAUAUUAAGAUCGAAGACUGUUUCACAAAGUGUCCUAACAUGUUGCUAUUGCUGUUCAUUGCCUUUAAGAGUUAGUUCCUAUACCACACAAAGACUUUGGACCAAAGGUUGAGAAAUCGAAUCACUACGAAAAUGUCAUCAUCCGUAUAGAUCCUCGCCAAAUAUCGAACUCGCCUGAGAGGAGUGUUUCAAGAUCGCACUGAAUAAAAAUCUGAUUCAGAUAUGUGUUUAACGACAAGGUGUGUGGAGAAUUUCGGCGGGAGAGGCCAACAGCCGAUUUCACGAAAUCCUUUCUCGAGUUAGGACGAGUAAGUCGUCCUUACUUGGAUAAACGUCUAUGAAUACGAAACUUAACUCGUCUUAAGUCCUAGUCCUAAGAUAAAUCCAAGCUAGAAAAAGUUAGGUGAAAUUGACAGUAGGCCUUUAGAAUUUCAUCUUUGAGGGACCAAGGCCAUUUUCGGUUUCGAAAAUAUUCAAGUCCGAAUGGGAAUCGUUCGAAUUGGCACCAAGGCCAGACCAAACGGAGGCACUGACCACUGUGGCAUCCAUGUAAUUGCAUGCCUGGAAUACAGUUCGACCACCACCCCACACACUGAAAAUAUUCAAGUCCGAAUGGGAAUCGUUCGAAGGGGCACCAAGGCCAGACCAAACGGAGGCACUGACCACCGUGGCAUCCAUGUAAUUGCAUGCCAGAAAGACAAUUCGACACCUACCCCACCCAUAUUUUUAUUUUUAUUUUUUACAAAUGUAUAUUAUUUAUUUGUGCUCGGUCGAUUGAUGUCCGUCAGUACUCAAUGUAAUAUACAAUGUUUGUGCAGUCGUUUUUCUCAAAAUACUAAUAUUAACGAGGGAGGUGCAAAAAGCUAGUAUUGUCAACACAAAACCACCAUAAAACUCAAUUGUACCUUCCCAUUUAAAGGGCCUGUAUUUAAACGUUUGGUAAUGACUCUGCAAAAGAAUGGCAAUAAAAACUUGGAUAGUGUUCUGAUAAACACUGUUCACUUCGAGGUAGCAGUUAUAGAAAAAUAUAUUACUUUAGAAUCUGAAUAGCGUUACUGACAAUAACGUUUCCCAGAGUGUGUAUUCCAACAUAGCCACUUCAGAAUUUCGGCAAUGAUCUUAAAAACGAUACCACAUUUCUAAAAUGUAUUUUUCACAGGUUAGUGUUAUGGUAUUAUUUUUUAUAUACAGAAAUAAUGAUUGUAACGAACAGUGUGUUCCGAUUACCAAACGUAGGCCUAUACACUGAUCCCUUCUCAAACGGAGAAUAAUUAAGAGAGAAAUUAAUAUUCUGAUCUUCUAAAUUAUUGUGGCGAAAUUUAUAAGUGUUGAUAAAGAAAACCGGAUGGCAUUGUGAAUAGCAAUCUAAUCUUAUUUUAAAGUGUGUUCCAUGUUAAACUUGUGUUGUGCUUAAUUAACUAUCGAAGAAAAGCUCUUCUUUGUGUAUAAACUCGCAACGUUGCCUUUGGGAUGGGUGCUUUGCGCUAUUGUCAUAAAAUGAAGAUUAUUGAGAAGAUUUUUUAAAAGUUGAAUAAAGCCUAACAUGAUUCAUAAAAAAUAUUCCUCGAAUUGUUUUGGUUUUCCUUGCACUAAGUGAACUAUACACGGUCUGCCAAAAAGUUGUUUGACUCCCGCAAAAUUACGGAACUUGUUAGGUCACGAAGUAAAUGGAAAACAAAACACAUUCGAGUAUUUUGUGUGAAACAUUAUAUAAUUCUACUUUUCAAACACCUUUCCAACCAUAUUCAUAUAAUUCAAAACAUACACAUUCAACGUUAUUUUGUGUGAAUCAUUAUACUUUUCAAGCAGCCUUUCCACUGCCACAUUUCAUCGCCGUUAUUGCUCAAAGCACCAAAUCCGAGGACAAGUGCCCCUUUCCUCUUCUAUGACUCUACAUGAAUUUUCUGUAUUUUUUGUUCUGUAUAUACGAGCCAGAAAACAAUGGAAAGCAUCGAGGGAAUAACAACGUUUUUGUUGUGCAAACGAAUGACAUUUUAACGAAAGCAUAAAUUCAAACUUCUUCUUAAACUGCGCUCAUUAUUUUCUUGGUCAAUAAAAGUUCGGCAUUUCACUUACUUGGUCAAUUUCUUCCUUGUAAAAUUGUGUGAAAACAUAACUAAUGAACCCUAGCCUUAACAAUAAAUUAAUCUCUCCUGAA